UAACAGACCUUUUUCAUCACACUUCUAGUACAUGUCGUAUGUGUGUAUGUAAACGAGCGCCGGCAUAUAUACAACUGGACUGCUCGUGCUACAAUAUAGUUGCCUCCAAGCACUAGCGCCGCUAGUCCAGUCCAGGGUAACUAAUUUGCUUCGAGAUGGACAUGCCCAAGCAGUUGCUGCUGCUCCUCGUCGUCGUAGUUACAGCAGCCAGCUACGGUUGUCCGGCGGCGGCUGCGGCGGCAAGGGAGAGAAAUACCAUCACGCACGUGAAGGGGUUCGAUGGCCCUCUUCCCUUCUCCCUGGAGACCGGUUACGUGGAGGUAGACGAGACACACGGCGCGGAGCUCUUCUACUACUUCAUCCAGUCGGAGCGCAGCCCGCAAGAGGACCCUCUCAUCCUCUGGAUCACCGGCGGCCCCGGCUGCUCCGCCCUCUCCGGCCUCCUCUUCGAGAUCGGCCCUCUCAAGUUCGACGUCGCCGGAUACACCGAGGGCUUCCCGCGCCUCGUCUACUUCGAGGACUCAUGGACCCGGGUGAGCAACGUCAUAUUCCUGGACGCGCCCGUGGGGACGGGCUUCUCCUACGCGCGGGAGGAACAGGGGCUAAACGUCAGCCUUACCGGCACCGGAAGGCAGCUCCGGAUAUUCCUCCAGAAGUGGCUGGCCGAACACCCUGAGUUCGCCUCCAAUCCUCUCUACAUCGGCGGCGACUCCUACUCCGGCUACACCGUCCCGGUCACCGCGCUCGAGAUCGCCAACCAUCCUGAGGGAGGCCUGAACCUUAAGGGGUACCUGGUGGGCAACGCCGCCACGGACGACAAGUACGACACCGGCGGCAAGGUUCCCUUCAUGCACGGCAUGGGGCUCAUCUCCGACGAGCUCUACGAUGCGGCGCAGGGCAGCUGCAUGGGUGACUUCGUCAGCCCGCCGGCGAACGCGCAGUGCGCCAACGCGCUGCAGGAGAUCAGCCAGGCAACCUGGGCCAUCAACCCGGUGCACAUCCUGGAGCCCAUGUGCGGAUUGGCGAUGCGGCCUCCGACAACAACAAGCAACGUCCUCACAAGAAGAUCAGCGAGGAUGCUGGUGCAGGAGCAGGACAUGCUGCGCCUCCCGGUGGAGUGUCGGGACAACGGCUACAGACUGUCGUACAUCUGGGCGGACGACGCGGAGGUGAGGGAGACGCUGGGCAUCAGGGAGGGAUCAAUCGGCGCGUGGAGCCGGUGCACCACGCUGAUACACUUCCGCCACGAUUUGCGAAGCACAAUACCUUACCACCGCAACCUGACGCAGCGCGGGUACCGAGGCCUGGUGUACAACGGCGACCACGACAUGGACAUGACCUUCGUUGGCACGCAGGCAUGGAUAAGGACGCUGGGCUACCCCGCGGUGGCGCCAUGGAGGCCGUGGUACGCCAACCGUCAGGUCGCAGGGUUCACGACGGAGUAUGCCUACAACCUCACUUUCGCCACCGUCAAGGGCGGUGGCCACACCGCGCCCGAGUACCGUCCAAAGGAGUGCCUUGCUAUGCUCGACAGAUGGACGUCAACCGUCGGCAAGCUCUAAGCCUUUAACUCAUCACUCCAUUAACAUCGAUUGAUCUCGAUGUCUGAUAGUAGAAAUUCACCACUAUAUAGUGCUAGUACUGCAGUGUAUAAUCCGACAUCCACGGUUCACAUCAUUCAUACGACAAUAAUUGAGAAGGAAGGAAAAAACAUGGAGGAUCAUUGGUUUGAUACUCCAGUCUAGAAUUCUAGAUAUUCAAUAUUGGGACACUUAUAUCA